AUGGGCAAGAAAAUGAAGGUCGAGCACAACAUCCGCGACACGAGCCAUCAGUCCGGGAGGAGGCCCAGCAAGAAGCCCACCGCCGCCGCCAAGUCUAAGCCCUCCAAGGCCAAGGAGGAGGUAUCAGUCCCAACCCCGACGGCCGAGUCUAACGGCACCGGCGCGCUUCUGCCCGUGCCCCUCCAGCAGCGCGUGCUGUCCACCUUCAACGCCGCCUACAACCCCAUCCUCACCUCGCGCGCCCUCGGCGAGGUCCUGCAGGAGGUCAAGGCCGCGCUGUACGCCCGCGACUUCGACGCCGCCUUCGCCCGGGCCCGGCCCGAGGCUCUGGACGCCUACGCCGCGCGGUGGAGCCCCACGCGCGCGCUGGGCUACGCCGCCGUGUUCCUGGGCAUCGAGGAACAUCUACGGGAGCUUGAGGCACCGGCCGAGGUGAAGCCUGAAGCCGAAGCUGAGGCCAAGGUCGAGGCGACGAGGGAUACUCGCCGGGAUGAUGCCCCAUUCCCCCAGGACGAGACCUCUAGUGCGACUGGAUCUCCUGGAGGGGACGGUCCCUCCACCGACGCGGAUGCUGCUGCUUCUGCUGCGGCUGUCGCUGACGAUAAGGGCGAGCACGCCAACCCCACUUCACCCGCGGAGACGGAAGGCGUCGGCCCUACCUCACCUGUGGACCCCGCCGCCGUCGACACGCCCGAGCUGAGCACGCAGCUCACAAAGUCAAUCAGGGCGCUCUCUAUAGGGGGCGGGGCCGCAGAGAUCGCCGCCUUCGCGACCUAUCUCUCCCAGCAGCCCUCCCGCUCCCUCGGGGGCGCCGUGGCCCUCCUCGACUCGGCGCCGUGGGCCGACGCCGUCGCCAAGCUCCAUGACGCCCUCACAACCCCGCCGCCGCUGUCGCAGUACGCCAACGCCGCCGCCAGGGCCGCCAACGUGGCCAUCAUCGAGCCUGGCCGCCUGGCUUCCUCGUUUACGCAGCAGAACGUCCUCGCCAUGACGCGCGACCAGCUCUCGCAGAAGCUCGGGGACGGGCCAUUACUUGUUACAUUGCUAUUCACGCUCAACGAGCUGUACACGACCGCCGGCAUCGGCAAGACUACGGCAUUCCUCCUUGAUCUGACCGCCAUCGUGCCCCUGGGCUCUCUGCUCCUUGUCGUUGACAGCCCCGGCAGCUACUCUGAAGCCUCCGUUGGCAAGGAGAGUAAGAAAUACCCCAUGCAGUGGCUCAUAGACCACACUCUCGUCACUAAGCCGGAGAAGGAGGGCGUUGUCGAGGGCUGUCGGUGGGAGAAGCUUGAGUCCCACGACUCUGUCUGGUUCCGCCUGGCUGACUCCCUACACUACCCCAUCCCGCUCGAAAACAUGCGCUAUCAGAUGCACCUGUACCGGGCCAUCAAACCCUAA